UCCACUACCAUUUUCUCAGACGUGAUAAUGGAUGCCAAGAACAAUACAGAAGGCGGGGGACCGAAACGUCGGCGAACUCGCACGGCGUUCACUCAGUAUCAACUGAAAACCUUGGAGAACGUGUUUUCACACACUCAUUACCCUGAUGUGGUGAUGCGGGAACAGCUAAACGAAUGGACCAGCUUGCCAGACUCUACAAUACAGAUCUGGUUUAAGAACAGGAGGGCAAAGUUCAGAAAGGAAAAAAGGACUCCUAUUCUCCCUGUAAAGAAAGAUUAUAGCAUCGACAACUCAGCAUCACCGCUGAGCCCGGCUUGCUGCUGUCCAGCUACUUCACCCAUAUUCUUAACCCAAGGUAACAAACCUACUACCAUGGAGCAAAUGCAAGGGAAGAGGAUGCUUGCUCUGCCGUCAAUUUCUAGGUUACCCUCAGUGACAUCUGCUUGGAAGCUCGUGUAGAAAUUGCAAAACAAUUAAAAGACGCUCUUAAAUGAUUUGUAGCGAAAACACACAAUAAAAUACCUAUCUAAAAUAAUGUAAUGUAAAUAAAUCUUAUUUGUAGUGGUCAUGCACUUAGCUAUAUCUACUUUUCGAUUAUCAACUGAAUCCAGGGACAGUUUAGUUAGUUAUACUUCCCAUUGUUCUACUCUUUUAGCAAAAUUUUGAAGGCUCGUGUUGAUCAUGCAUUUAUCCAACGGUAAUGAAUACACUGAGCGAUUCUUAUUGGUUCAGUUUUUCAUUUUUCGCUUGUCAAUAGAAUUAGGUAAGUACGGUCUUCUUUGUAAACUUAUGAUUAUUCUGGCAACUUCAAACAUUUUUACAUGGAGUGGAUGAAACUGAACAUGGAAAAAGACAAAAAGUUAACUUCUUCGUUGAGGACGUUAAGUGACGUACUGUAACGCCACUCAGGAGCGCGAGCUAGUUAGCUCGGUUGAAUGCCUUAAACAUCUGUAUUUUUAGCGUGUUAAGAGAACGGAGUAAAUCGCGAAAUAGAUGAGAUUAUCAUAGAGAACGUGACAACAAGACCUUCACAAAAAAAUUGCAAUCGGCAAGUAAUUUGAUGGUCAUUACAG